CUGUUCCACAUGAUUUUGGAGUUUAUCUGUGGGAAUUUGUACCAUUUUAGCCAGAAGAGCAUUUGUUGGGUCAAGUACUGAUACAGGGGCGGACUGACAACUCAUGGGGCCCCUGGGCAAUAGGGGAUCAUGGGGCCCCUGUGUCCUUGCCCACACUCAAACCACACCUAAAAAUGCCUAUGAAAGGUACCAGGGACAUCUCAUGGGGCCCCCUACUGACCCUGGGGUCCUCUGGCAGUGCCCAAGUACCCGAAUG